UACCAAUACUAUGACAGCUACACGUGAUGAAAGUACAAUCUUGACAACAGAAGAAGUCACUAUAACAGCUUCAAAUGAAGAAACAUUGACAACUACCAAUGAAUAUACUAUGACAGCUACAAAUGAUGACGUUAUGAUGACGACAGACGAAGUUACAAUGAUGACAGAUGAAGGAACUCAAAUAACUACAAAUGAAGGUACUAUUACAACUACAGAUGGCGGUAUUAUAAAACCUACAGAUGAAGAUACUGUGACGUCGACACAUACAGGUAUUCUGAUAGCUACAAAUAAUAGUUCUGCGACGUCUACAUAUAAAGGUACGUCGACAUCUACAUAUGAACUUAUUGUGCCGUCAACAGAUAAAGGUUCUGUUGCAGCUACAAAUGAAGGCACUACGACGGCGACAGAUGAUACUGUUGCAACAACCAAUACAUCUACUUGUCAGUUUGGCCAAUAUUCCUGUUUGGACACAUCGUCCUGUAUUGAGGAAACCGAGGUAUGCGAUGAUGUUGCAAACUGUCCUGAUGCAGAUGAUGAAGAAGAUUGCGGUGAUAAUUCACAGAGUAACACUGCAUUUUUAUUCAACUUGAACUUGGGUUCGGCUGGUUCCCUUUUUGGCGGUCAGUCGGGGUCAGUGACUGUUGGUUUCUCAAUAUUUCUGUUGCUUGCUUCGCUCACAGUCCAUAAUAUGUGAAGUCCGUCGGUGUAUUUCCUUGUUGAGUUAUACGCUUAAUCAUAGAUGAUAAACAAUGGUAUGAAGAGGGAGCUGAUAGAACAACAAGACUGUAACAAUGGUAUGGCAAAGGAUUAAAGUAUCAAACGAUGAUGUGAACCAAGGAACAGUCUUGUUGAUUCCAACUCAUCUUGCAUUUAUUAGAAUAACGUCAUCAAGUAAAACCUAGAUGAUGUGGA